UCUGAACUACCUAUACAAAAACGGGAGUGUUCAAACAUUGUUUCGGAAAAUCAUUAGUGAAUCAUCAAAUUAAGUGAGCGUGCGUUACUCUUCGGGACGUUUAUCGCUCCUCUCGCCUUAGCCUCUGGACGGCGACUCCCGCGAUCGGCCGGCUCUCCGGGGCGGUGUCUAGGCCGGUGCGUGUGCCGCCCCCUCAGCUCGGAGGAGUGGUCAGGGCGCGCGCGCGCGCGCGGCACGCCCGCGACCGUCCGCCGACUCGCCGUCCGCUAUAUAACGUUCGUGCGCGAUGGACUUUGGGCGGCUGGGGGUGUUGAGGUGGGUGGCGGGCGGUGCCGCGGCGGUCAUGGGCGGGUCACAGCCGGCGGCACCGGUGGGCUCGGAGGCCAGGUCCAGCGCCGCCGGCACACCCACCGUGGCCGACGCCAAUCGAGAGAGGUUCGCCAUCAAAAAGAGCUACAGCAUCGAGAACGGGUACCCGGCACGGCGGCGUUCGCUGGUCGAUGAUGCCAAGUUUGAGACCAACGUCAACAAGGAGAGUCGCCAGGAGUGGCUCAGCCACAUCCGUCAGAGUCUCGACGAUGACACGCUGUCUGAGGAGGAGGUUCUAUUGGCGGCCUCGACCCCCAGCGAGGAGACCGCCGCCACCACCGGCCCGCUCCAGGUUACGCUCGUUAUAUCCAUGAAAUCGGGCAUGAACAGCCUGGGCCGCAUCAUCAAAACCAUCGAGAGUCACCACGGCCUGCUGCAGCACGUGGAGUCUCGCUCGUCCCGUCGUCCGGACGCCUCCCAUCAGGUGCUUCUGAGACUGACACUGGGCUCAGACGAUCUGCGCCAGUUACUGCGCUCACUGCGCCAGAGCGGGGCAGUGGCGGGCCUCGAGAUACUCGGAGAGGGUUCCGUCAGCGCCGUAAAAGAGCCGUGGUACCCGAGUCACAUCAGCGAGCUGGACCUCUGCAACCACCUGAUGACCAAGUACGAGCCAGACCUUGACAUGGAGCACCCGGGGUUCGCCGAUAAGGAGUACCGCGCCCGACGCCACGCCAUCGCCAACAUCGCAUUCACCUACAAACAGGGCGAGCCGAUCCCGCGCGUCGAGUACACGCCGCAGGAGGUGGACACAUGGCGUCAGGUCUUCACCGAGCUGAUGCGCUGUGUGCCGACUGGGGCGUGCGCUGCCUACCGCCGCGUCAUGGAGCUGCUGCAGCGCGAGUGCGGCUACUCGCCCGAUUCCAUCCCACAGCUGGAGGACGUCUCCCGCUUCAUGCACCGUCGUACAGGGUUCAUUCUGCGUCCAGUGGCCGGCCUGCUGACAGCGCGCGACUUCCUGGCCUCGCUGGCGUACCGUGUGUUCCAGUGCACUCAGUAUGUGCGUCACCACAGCUCCCCGCAUCACUCUCCAGAGCCAGACUGUAUCCACGAACUGUUGGGACACGCACCUCUGCUAGCGGACCCGUUUUUUGCGGAGUUUUCCCAGGAGCUGGGUCUGGCGUCGCUCGGGGCUACUGACGAGGAAAUCGAAAAAUUCGCCACGAUGUACUGGUUCACGGUCGAGUUCGGCCUCUGCCGGGAGAACGGCCAGCUGCGCGCGUACGGCGCCGGUCUGCUCUCCUCGUACGGAGAGCUGGAGCACGCGCUCUCCGACCGGCCGCAGCUGCUGCCCUAUGAGCCGAGCACCACGUGCAUCCAGCCCUACCAGGACCAGGACUACCAGGACACCUACUUCGUGGCCGAGAGCCUCAUCGACGCGCAGGAAAAGUUCAGACGCUGGGUGGCCACCUCGCUGAGCCGGCCGUACGAAGUGUGGUACAACCCGCACACCCAGUCCAUCGAGAGGGUGACCUCGGUGGACCAGGUCGGCUCCAUCGUCUCCAGCCUGCAGGGACAGCUCAUCCGGCUCAACAGCGCCGUGCAGAAGAUGAAGUUCUGAGGUCCGAGUCGCAGCGAGAAACGGAGAGGAGGGCCAGUUUAGUCCAGGGGGAGGAUGCAGACAGAGCAGCUGGAGACCAACAGCAUGAUGAAGAAAGAAGUAUUGUUUCAGCCGAAUAGGUACUGGGCGCCUCAGAGGAAUGGAAAAUAUGCCAGCAGGCGAUUCCCUGUAAGACAUGGGACGGUAGGCACAAACACAACGCUGAGAGUUUAACUCAGCGGCAAACGAGAGAAAUUAUCUCGCAAAAUGUAAUCUCACUGACGGAACGGAAACGUCAAUGUUCAUCACAAUUGAUGUCAGCGUAUAACCGUCGGGAGAUGAAGCAGUCGGUAUGACAUAACUAAGAAUGCUUCAAAUGCAUUUUGAGACUUUGAAACUGAAUGUGCAUUCAGUACUUAAUCACUUUGCCUAAACUGCGAAUGGGCAUUAUUUGUCGAUUUAUUUGAUCGGGAUCGGGCGUUAACUUUUGACCAAUUCAGUUACAUAUAAAAGAAAACAAUUUCCCAGUAAGAUAAUCGCGUUACCAUGAUAACACUCGUUGAUAAGUAAUACAGCCGAUCUCAAUAUUACGGAAAACUAAAUAGACCAAGGAAAAUUAGCCCAGCAUAUUGCUGAGAAUAUCUACAAAAUUACCGAGCCCGUGUGGUACGGUCUUCCGACCGAAAAAAAAACUCUGUUCACGAUCCGUGCCAUGCCUCGGCGCGCGCUCGCGACUCCGGCUCGCCGCCCGCCCCGCCGGCACACAGGGGCCAGCCCGGCGGGCUCGGCGGCGACUCGACACGCGGCGCUCCGCCCGCGACUGUUAUCGUGACUAUUGAUGUGUGUAGGGACCAAGAACAGCUGGUGAAACCGGGACCAAACGAUGAUAGAUGUUGUUUGUCGCUCGCUGUAUUGCUGUUACGUGUUCUAUGCAAAUAUACAUAUACUCGUAGUUG